AUGAUAAGAAAUUUAACAAUCAAGAAAAAAAAAGACAUUAGAAUAAUUGAUGAACCUCAUCAAAAUGAAAUUGUAAUUAUAGCAAAUUGUGUACGAGUAUUAGUCAAAGGAAAUUCAAAUUUAAUUACAUUGGUUAGUACAGUUGCUAUGCCUUUUUCAUCUCUACAUCAAAUUGAUGAUGAUAAAAUAAACAGCUUUAUGGAUGAUGUUCAAAUCCAACGUUUUCUUAGACGACCUGUAGAACUAAAUUCAUGGCCAUAUAAACGGAAUUCUCCUUUAUGCGAUUAUCGCCUACAAUUUCGACCACUCGCAUUAACACCAGCUCUUUGUGCAUAUCGAAAUAAUUAUAAAGAAGAUCCAAAUCAAAUAAAUCCAUUUAAAUACGGUUAA